UACUACUACUACUACUACCAAGUCAUGUACUGUACCACUUGGAAUGUUCAAUGCAAUUUCUCAUAUACUUUGUUAGUUAAGCUGCUUCUGUUCGGCCAAUCCUGUGGCUUUUCCUCAAGCCAAUGUUUCUGUGAAUUAUUAAUGGUAACUCUCGAGCACAGUCAACAAAGCUUCUGAUCCUUUGAGUUGGGCUGUCAAAAUUUUCCAAUUCUUGCCAAGACUUUGUAACCCUUAAUCAGGUCAUCUUCUUACUAUGAUUUUCGUUGACUUAGACAAGUCUCCUUGCUGCUGUUUCUGUUCAUUUUUGCUUCAGAUGAAUGUAUAAACAUAACCCAUAAAUUCCUUUUCUUGAUCUUUAGCAUUUUGUAUUUCAUGUUCUUGAAAAGGUUUAAAAUUGAGAAACUUUUACCAAAAUUCCAGCCUUUUGAGUUUUCAAGCUAAAACCAAAAGAUAGUUUGCCUGCCUUGCUUUGAAUUCACAAGCAUAUAUAUAGUUUGGAGAUGAAAUCCAACCCCAUUAACUUUUAAUCCUGAGAUGUGGCUAGAAUAUUUUGUGUGUGUUUUCAACUUUAAGUGGCUGUUCUGAUUUGGAUACUUGGAAACUAUAAUGAAGGUUUCUUGAGGCAAGAUGAAGCAAAGUCAAGGCUUUUCCUCCAGUGGAACUAUUACUUGCUAGAUUGACUGUAGACUUCCUAGAUUGAUCAGAUUCACAUGGGAUAGCCUCAAUUCUGGUCCUUGACUGUUUUUCGUGGGUCAAGCAUGGUGCCAGAUGUGAUUGGGGGUCCUUCUUUUUGUCCGUUUGCGGAACUCCUCUCUUCAACUAUAGAGGGCAUCAUUGAGUUAGUACUUACUUCCAAGAAUGUCUUUAUAGAGAAAAAGAGUUUUGCAGAACUUUCAGCUUAUCUGAAUCGUAUUGUUCCUUUUCUUAAGGAGAUCAAUAGGAAAAACAUUAAUGAUUCCACACCCUGGGAAAAUGUUAUAGAAAUUCUUAACCGACAGACAGUGGAGGCAAGGCAACUUAUCUCAGAAUGCAGUAAGAAAAACAAGGUCUAUCUCUUAUUGAGUUGUCGGUCUAUUUCAAAGCGGAUAGAAAAUAUCACCAGGGAAAUUAGCCGUGCAUUAAGUUGCAUUCCUUUAGCUUCUCUUGACAUUUCUUCGGGUAUAAAGGAAGAGAUUGUCCAGCUGAUCGAUUGUAUGCGUACAGCGGAGUUUAAAACAGCUAUAGCUGAAGAAGAGAUUUUAGAGAAGAUAGAGUCAGGUAUGCAACAGAGAAAUGUUGAUCGCUCCUAUGCCAACAAAUUGUUCAUUUCAAUUGCGGAGGCUGUUGGAGUUUCAACUGAAAGCUCAGCUUUAAGGAGAGAAUUUGAAGAAUUCAAAAAUGAAAUAGAUAAUGCACGGUUAAGGAAAGAUCAGGCUGAAGCGUUGCAGAUGGACCAAAUAAUUGCUCUGCUAGAAAGGGCGGACGCUGCAACAUCUCGCCAGGAAAAAGAAAAGAAGUACUUCACAAAGCGGAAAUCAUUGGGCAAUCAACCUUUGGAACCACUUUUGUCAUUCUAUUGCCCAAUCACUCGUGAGGUUAUGACUGAUCCUGUUGAGACUCCUUCAGGGCAUACUUUUGAAAGGUGUGCAAUAGAGAAGUGGUUGGCAGAGGGAAAUUUGUGUCCUAUGACAUCUACACCUUUGAACAAUACAAUGUUGCGGCCGAAUAAAACUCUGCGACAGUCAAUUGAGGAAUGGAAAGACCGAAAUACAAUGAUCACUAUUGCUUCCUUGAAAUUGCAACUAUCGUCCACCAAGGAGGAAGAAGUUCUCAAUUGCCUGGAACAGCUAAGGGAUAUUUGUGAGCAGAGAGAAAUACAUCGAGAAUGGGUUAUUAUGGAGGACUAUAUUCCUAAUCUAAUCAAGCUACUGGGUUUGAAAAGUAGGGAUAUCAGGAAUCUUGUUCUUGAGGUGCUCUGCGUACUAGCAAAGGAUGGUGAUGAUACUAAGGAAAGAAUUGCUGAAGCUGAUAGUGCAUUGGAAUCUAUUGUUCACUCACUUGGACGUCGCAUUGGUGAAAGGAAGUCAGCAGUAGCAUUGUUACUGGAGUUGUCAAAUUGUAAAUCAGUUCAGGAGUCCAUUGGGAAAGUUCAAGGUUGCAUACUUCUGUUAGUUACUAUGUCAAGCUGUGAUGACAACAAAGCCGCCAAAGAUGCAAGGGACGUUUUGGAGAACAUUUCAUUUUCUGAUGACAAUGUUAUCCUGAUGGCCAAGGCUAACUAUUUCAAGUACUUGUUGCAACGUCUUUCUUCAGGAUCCAGUGAUGUUAAGUUCCGAAUGGCAAAAACCUUAGGAGAGAUGGAGUUGACAGAUCACAAUAAGUCAUCUCUGUUUGAAGAGGGAGUUCUAGAUUCCCUUCUUUCCUUGUUGUCAAAUGGUGAAAUUGAAGUAAAACAAGCAGGUGUGAAAGCCCUUCUAAACCUCUCUAGUUUACCAAAGAAUGGACAGGAAAUGAUCAGAAAAGGCGUUAUGCGUCCACUGCUUGAUACGUUGUACCGUCACACAUCUUCCCAAAGUCUGCGGGAACUUGCAGCAGCCACUAUUACAAAACUUGCCUUCUCAGCAAGCAUUGAAACACAGGUUUCACUGUUUGAUGCUGAUGAAGACAUUUAUGAACUCUUUUCCCUAGUUAACGUGAAUGGCCCAGCUGUGCAGCAGAGCAUUCUCCAGGCUUUCUGCGCCAUGUGCAAGUCUCCAUCUGCUGCUAGUGUCAAGGCAAAGCUAGCACAGUGCUCAGCUGUCCAAGUGCUAGUGCAAUUCUUUGAGCAUGGCAAUUCAAAUGUUCGGUCAGAUGCAGUCAAAUUAUUCUGUUGCUUGAUUGAAAAUGGUGAUGAAGCUAUGAUCCAGGAGCACGUGGACCAAAAGUUCAUUGAAAUAUUACUUAAGAUCAUCAAGACUUCUGAGGACGAGGAAGAGAUUGCUUGUGCAAUGGGGAUCGUCUCCAACCUUCCCCAAUCUCCUCAAGUCUCUGAGUGGCUUUUUGCAGCGGAAGGACUUCCAGUGUUUUCCAGAUUUCUUCCUGAGGUAAAGCAUAAGAGUUCCUGUAAGCUUCAGUUGGUAGAAAAUGCUGUUGGGGCAUUAUGUCAUUUCACCGUCUCAAUAAACCAGCAAACACAGAGGGUAGCUGGCCUUGUUCCCAAGCUGGUGCGGCUGCUAGACCUGGGAACAAGCUUGACAAAAAAACGAGCUGCAGUUUGUCUUGCACAGCUUUCAGAGAAUUCACAAACACUGAGUCGUCCAAUCCCAAGGCGUAACGGGUUAUGGUGCUUCUCACCUUCACAAGUAGAACUUUGCCCUGUUCACCGAGGGAUAUGCACACUGGAAACUUCAUUUUGUUUGGUAGAGGCUGGGGCGGUGGGACCUCUGGUGAGGGUUCUUGGGGAUCCAGAUCCUGGAGCCUGUGAAGCUUCUUUAGAUGCCUUAUUGACUUUAAUUAAGGAUGAAAAACUUCAAAGUGGUGCUAAAGUUCUUGCUGAAGAAAAUGCCAUACCGUCAAUGAUAAAGCUACUAGAUAGUCCUUCCCCCGAACUGCAACAAAAGGUUCUGAACUCAUUAGAAAGAAUUUUUAGGUUGCUGGAAUACAAGCAGAUGUAUGGAUCCUCUGCUCAGAUGCCUUUAGUUGACUUGACACAACGAGGAACUAGCAACAUCAAAUCUUUAGCAGCAAAGGUACUUGCUCAGUUGAAUGUGCUUCAUGAUCAGUCCUCUUUUUUCUAACGGCAGAACCAUGAUCGUUACGGGCACACAGUCCAUGUAGAUGAAGAAAUUGGUGACAGUUAGACUCAAGAACCGCAGGCGACAUAAUUUUUUUUUCUUUUGAAUUUUUUGCAUUCUUAAGAAUAGGGGUUGAGUAACAAUCAAAUACUUCAGGUUUUGAUUCUUUAUCUUUGAUAAAACCUGAUUUAUGUGUCAUGGAAACAAGCAAUUUGCACUGACCUCCCCAUGACAGAGUUGUCGCUCAUGCCCUUUUUGUAUAAUAUGUAUUCUUUAGUCGUUUAAGUCGUAGCCAAUUGAUUCAGCUGUAAUAUAUUCUGAAUUCUUUACUGAUGAAAGUAAUAGCUUAUUGAUUCUUUUGUUUCUUGUUA